AUGGGUGAUACCGUUAAAAGGGCAGAACAGACAUUCUCAAAGCACCCGUUCCUGCUCUCGGCCGAUGAGGUCGUAGCUCACCUUGAGACCAGCCAUGAUCUGGGCUUGACAAGUGCUCAAGUCCAGCAGUACCAGGCAAAGUAUGGACCCAACAAACUGGACAGCGAUGGAGGGGUCUCGUGGUAUGCCAUUUUGGGGAAGCAGAUUUCAAACGCCAUGAUACUGGUGCUGGUGCUUGCCAUGGCACUGUCCUACGGCGUCGAAGACUUCGUGGAAGGGGGCGUGAUUACCGCGGUGAUUGUCCUAAACGUCCUCAUUGGAUUCUACCAGGAAUACCAGGCUGAGAAGAAAAUGGACACCCUUCGAUCGCUGUCAUCGCCUUCAGCGAGUGUCGUCCGCGAUGGCAAUCAGAUGACCAUUCCGUCUGCCGAAGUCGUGCCUGGCGAUAUCGUCUCGAUCAAGACGGGCGACACGGUGCCCGCCGACUUGAGACUAUUCGACGUCAUGAACUUGGAAUGUGACGAAGCCAUUCUGACCGGAGAAGCACUGCCAGUGGCCAAAGAAGUGGACUUUGAGGCAAAACCCGGUAUUGCCAAAGAGGACCUGGGGAUGGGAGACCGACUCAACAUCGCCUAUUCGUCUUCCACCGUCACAAAGGGCCGUGGCCGCGGUAUUGUCGUCUUUACGGGCAUGUCCACUGCCAUUGGAGGAAUUGCGGCGUCCAUGCAGGGGAAACGACGCAAACCCAACCGAUCCAUGUCCCGAAGGAAAUAUGGCCCAUUUCAGCCCGUCAAGGGAGGAGCGCUUCGGACGUGGGAUGCGGUUCUUAAAUUCCUUGGUCUCACCGAGGGUACUCCUCUUCAGAUCAAACUCAGCAAGCUGGCCUAUGUUCUUUUUGGCUGUGCCCUCCUCCUAGCAAUCAUCGUGUUCGGAGUCAACCGAUUCCACGUGACGAACGAAGUCGCCAUCUACGCCAUCUCGACCGGCAUUGCCAUCAUUCCCGAGUCCUUGAUUGCGGUCCUCACCAUCACAAUGGUGGUCGGGAUGACCCAAAUGAGGAAGCGCAAAGUCGUUGUUCGACAACUCAGUGCUCUUGAAGCGCUGGGAGGCGUCACAAACAUCUGCUCCGACAAGACUGGGACCCUGACUCAAGGGAAAAUGGUCACUCGGAAAGUGUGGGUCCCAGGAGCUGGAAUCUACAGCGUGGAAAACUCGAACAAUGCGUCUGAUCCCACCGAAGGAACGCUCACUUUCGGCGCCGCUCCCAAGUCUCGAAAAGAGGUGGAAGCCGAGAGAAUCGCGAGACAAGAGGCUCUGGACCAUAAACGAAGUAUCGCCGGCGUCGCGUUUGACGUUCCCGAGGACAAGAUGCGAAGGGAUGCCGAAAAGUCUGGUGGGCCAGAGAAAGAUCUCCAGGAAGACCCCGAAGUGACACCCGCGCUCCAAGCCUUUCUCGAAUCAGCCGCUCUGUGCAACUUGGCCACGGUUCGCAAGGUCACCGAAAAUGGACAGGAGACGUGGAAGACUACGGGCGAUCCCACAGAAGUUGCCCUGCAAGUGUUCUCGCAUCGAUUCAACUUUGGGAAGAAGACGCUGGAAGAGACUCACGGCUGGUCGCAGACGAUGGAAUUUCCCUUUGACAGCUCGAUCAAGCGCAUGUCCGUCGUCUACAGGAAGCCCAGCAUAGAACAUUCCGUCAUCUUCACCAAAGGUGCGGUCGAAAGGAUCAUCGAUCUGUGCACCUCUGUCGGCGUCGGCGAGCUUGAACAGGAGAUGACUCCAGAGCUGAAGGAAAGCCUGCUCGAUCAAAUGACCUUCCUCGCCGAACAAGGCCUUCGGGUCCUCGCGGUUGCCCGCAAGUUCACCACCGUCGAUAUUCCUGAACAUUCCGACAUUGACCGUACAGAAGUCGAAAAGGAUCUGUGUUUGGUUGGGCUGGCUGGGCUCUAUGAUCCACCACGCCUCGAAACCAAGGGGGCGGUGCAAGCUUGCACCACGGCCGGAAUUACGGUGUCCAUGUUGACCGGAGACCAUCCCUCUACAGCUGCAGCCAUCGCCAAGGACGUCGGCAUCAUUCCCAGGAACAUGGGCACGCUGGCCCCCGAUGUGGCGGCUGCAAUUGUCAAGACGGCGACGGAAUUCGACAAAAUGACCGACGCCGAGAUCGACGCUCUUCCCACUCUCCCACUCGUCGUGGCACGAUGCGCUCCCGACACCAAGGUGCGUAUGAUCGAGGCGCUUCACCGCCGGCACAAGUUCGCCGCCAUGACCGGCGACGGAGUGAACGACUCGCCGUCCCUCAAACUCGCCGACGUGGGCAUCGCAAUGGGCCUCAAUGGAAGCGACGUGGCCAAGUCGGCAUCGGACAUUGUCCUGACAGACGACAACUUUGCCAGCAUCGUCAAUGCGGUGGAAGAAGGCCGACGCAUGUUCGACAACAUCCAGCGGUUCGUGCUGCACCUGCUCACGUCCAACGUGGGCGAAGUGAUCCUGUUGAUCUGCGGCCUGGGGUUCCAAGACGACUCGGGAUUCUCCGUGUUCCCGCUGUCACCGCUGCAAAUCCUGUGGAUCAACAUGCUGACCUCGUCGUUCCCGGCCUUCGGGCUUGGGCGCGAGAAGGCGGCGCCGGACGUGAUGGAGCGGCCGCCGCACGACCACAAGAAGGGCAUCUUCACGUGGGAACUGAUCACCGACAUGCUGGUGUACGGCACGAUCCAAGGCACGUGCUGCCUGAUGACGUUCGUCUUCAUCGUGUACGGGCCCGGCAGCGACGGCUUGGGCGUCGACUGCAACCGCAAAUACAACGACAGCUGCGACGUAGUGUUCCGGGCGCGCGCGGCCGUCUUUGCCGAGCUGACCUGGCUGAUCCUGAUUUCGGCCUGGGAGUUCAAGGCCAUGCGCCGCAGCAUGUUCAAGAUGAAGGCGCACGACACGCGGCCGUUCCCCUUCUUCGCCGACGUCUGGGAGAACCAGUUUCUGUUCUGGUCCGUCGUCCUUGGCGCCCUGUCCGUCUUCCCGGCCGUCUACAUCCCGGGCCUCAACACCAACGUCUUCAAGCACAAGGGCAUCUCGUGGGAAUGGGCCCCGGCCAUCGUCUGUGUCCUCGUCUUCGUCUCCGGCAUGGAGGCCUGGAAGUUUGUCAAGCGCUCCACCGGCUGGUUCCGGCCCGAGGACACCGAGGGCAUGAAGGCCCGCCACCACCAGCGCACCGCCCUCGGUCUGAGGCAGGGCUUCUUCACCCUCGCCAGGAGCUUCACCAAAUCCAAGUCGGAGGAGAAGAGGCCUGUCACUCUCACCAAUCUGGCUGACCGGAGCUCCUCUUCUUUCCCGCGCCCACACUCUGUGGCCAUGCCGAGCCAUCGGGAGGUCGUAUAG